CUGAGGCACCCGGCUACGAAAACGGCAAGCCGAAAUUCAGUCGCAGGAUGAGAAAAAGAUAAAUGACAGAUACUAGCCCUUCUUUUCUACUACAUCUCGUCGCAUUUACGACUCUCUCUCUCUCUCAUCCUUUCAACCCAGCCAACACGAAUGGCGUCCCAAAAGAACAUUCUUCUCCUCGUCGCCGACGAUCUCGGGCGCUGCCUAGGCUGCUACGGCGACAAAGUCGCCAAAACGCCCAACAUCGACCGCCUAGCAGCGUCAGGCACACUCUUCACUCGUGCCUUCACCAGCACCGCAUCCUGCAGCGGCUCACGCUCUGUAAUCUACACCGGGCUGCACACGCACGAAAGCGGCCAGUACGGAUUGAAUAACGGACGGCACCACUUCAGCACGUACGACCAUGUCGAGACAGCGCCCGCGGUGUUCCAGAGUCAGGGGCUGGACUAUCUCACAGGUAUCCUAGGGAAAGUGCACGUUGGGCCGCAGUCUGUGUAUCCCUGGGAAUUGAGGGAGGAGAGCACGAGUAGAGAUGUAGCGUGGGUUGCGGACAAAGCGGGCGAGUUUUUCGAGAAAGCCAAGGGACAGGCGCGCUCGUUCUUCCUCACCGUGGGCUACAUCGAUCCGCAUCGGGAUAGAACACGAGACGGCUUCGGCAAUGACGAGGAAUUCGACGCGCGCAGAGUGAACAAGAUGGCGUACAAGCCCGAAGAUGUGCCCGUCCUAGAGUACAUCCAGGAUCUGCCCGAAGUCCGGCACGAACUUGCGAAUUAUUACGAGUCGAUUAGUCGGCUAGACCAGGGCGUGGGGCUCAUGCUUGAGGCCCUGGAGGCUUCUGGUAUGGCAGAAGAUACGCUCGUAGUCUUCCUCAGCGACAACGGCGCACCAUUCUUGAACUCCAAGACCACGCUCUACGACGCUGGAGUGCGGCUUCCACUGAUCGUGCGUCGUCCCGGGGUACAAGCGGGGAUCGCCAACCCCAACAUGGUGUCUUUCAUCGACAUUCUUCCCACGCUGCUUGACUGGGCUGGCGCAUCUCAUCUGCGAGCUGAUCGUCUCGGGCGCUCCUUUUUGGACAUUCUGGAGCAAGAGCACGUCUUGCAGGAAUGGACUCAGGUCUUCGGAUCCCACACGUUCCACGAAAUCACAAACUACUAUCCCACGCGCUUCAUGCGGACGGAACGUUACAAAUAUCAUCGCAAUAUCGAGCACAAGCUCGACUUCCCCUUUGCUGCGGAUUUGUACGGCUCGCUUGCAUGGGAGGGGAUCCGGAACUGCGGGACUGGCAUGAUUGGUCCUCGCUCAUUGGAGCAGUACAUGCAUCGUCCGCGAGAAGAGCUGUAUGACUUGGAAAACGACCCGCAUGAGGUGGAUAACCUGGCGCUGGGCCAGAGUGACGCCGAGACCAUGGCCGUGCUGGAGAAGAUGCGGAAAGCAUUGGAAAUGUGGCAGUUGCAGACCAGGGACCCUUGGCUUUAUAGAGAUGGACAGUCUGUGGAGCUGAAUAGGCAUCAUAUUGAGGCUGGUAUGGUGAUGCCUGAUAGGUGGGAGUUCGAUGUUAAGAACUGUGGGACGAAUGGGUGCAAGGCGUUCAAGCUGGAGUCGUUGCAAUCUUGAUAGAAGGUUAUGCAGCGAGACCAGACAACUGUUCUCCCGUCGCAAUAUCAUCGGAUCUGAUAUUACCAGAAUG